ACCACCGCGCGCAGAGCACGGUACCUUGUGAGAGGAAAUCCCAUCCUGCGAGUUUUUCUCAGUGUCGAUUGUCGUCUGAUUAUUCAGUUAAAUACACCCAAAGGCUCUUUUAAGAGCCCAGCACAGAACGUUUUUGGCUUUUGUCAAUUGUCGUCUGAUUAUUCAGUUAAAUACACCCAAAGGCUCUUUUAAGAGCCCAGCACAGAACGUUUUUGGCUUUCAGCUACACAAGUCAUCUUAGACUUUCAGUCUCUUGACCCAUCAGUGCCAAAGCUUCAGCAAGCACUGUGUGCUCAGCUGCUCUGGUCUCCACAGUUCAGGGAAAGAUGGACACAAAAAAAUAUGCAGUGGUGGAAUUUACAGAGGACAGUGCAGUGGAACUAGUCCCAACCUCGUGGUUGGAAGAGACCAAAGAGGGAACGUUCUGUUACUGGACAUUUGGAAACAUAAGGCAGCUUGUAAAAAACUGCACAAUGCCAGACAAAGGAAAGUGGAGGCGGUGUCUAAUAAAAAAAAUCUGGCUAAGAACAGACUCAUACACCAAAGGUGUCCAGAAAUGCCGGCGUGUUGUGGAGACCUCAAAUAUUGAAACAGAGGAAAGCUCCACAACGAAAAAAAAGAGGGCACACAAAAAGCCAACAAGAUAUCUGUCUGAAACAGAUUCCUCCUCAGAUGAUGAUAGCAGAGUUUUCCCAACUGAGAAUAAAACCCUUUCAAAACCUCUUCCACCCAAAUAUAAGCCAUUCUCCAAUUUUCAGCCUCUGGACAAUGCAGAAGCAUCACCGCCAGCAUCCCGGCUAUCGUGUAUGGCACAACCCCUUCAAGCUGCCUCACAGCUCCUCUUAGAAGAGCACUGGGGUUCUUCAGAAGCAGCAACAAAGAACUAUCGCACAAAAGUCUUGCAAAAACUGCAAGACAUUGCAGAAACCCAGCAAGACAUCUUAGCGAUGCAAAGAAGCAUACUGGCUGCUGUUGCUGGGACGGUGACAGUGACUGAGGAAGGGGGGGACAUCCUGGAAAAUGGACCAUGCCAGACUGUGGAUGAGCUGAAUACGCUAAACACAGAACUGGGAAAUAAGGACAAAAGGACCAAGCUGAUGAACUACCUUCGAUCGCUUGGAGGAACAAAUUCAGGGGCAGCCGUGCGCAAAAUGUUGCGCAAGGUUGCAUCAAACAACGUCUUGAGUGCCUACAGUUUAAAAGGGAAAAAAGGGAAACUAGCCUUCAAAGACUUAAUUAUCUGUGAUAUAAUUAUAGGAGCAACGCAAAAGCUUUUUAGGUCUUUAAAGGCAGCUGACGUGGAAGACCUUAUUUCAAUGGUGCUAAAAUUUGCCCCACACAGGCAUUUAAAAUGGUAAGCAAUAAUGCUAAUUUUGUUUUGAGAUUAUCAAUUAUCAAUGCUAUGUCAGUAAGAGUUGGUGGUAGCCUACACCAUUGUUUUGUCAUUAAUAGGCUCUUUUUUAUUACUCAGUAUGACUCUGACAUUCAGUUUAUAUCAUGGCAUGACUCAUCAAUUCUAUCGAUUUAUGACCUAAAAACUAGACUAUUUCUAAAUAUUCGCAUAUAUAAUAAAUCUUAAACAAGUAAUGAAAAAUUAGAGACUCGUUUUUCUCAAAUGGAUCCACACAGUUAUUAAUAAUUAACCCAAACACUGUAUCGCGACUUCUGGAACAGUCUUCCUUGCUUUGUCAUGCGUAUAUUUCUCAUGCGCCAUCACAUCCAGCACAUCUAUGGCCACUAGCCUAUUGCGCUUUUGCGCUACAUUUGUAACAAUUAUAGUUAACUAACAAAAACUAAAACUAUUAAAAACAUUUAUGCUAAUCGAAAUAAACCUGAAAUAUAAUAAAAUAUAAAUAAUAGUUGAAAAACCUAAACUAAACGAAAAUGAGAAAUGUUGCCUUGUCAAUAUCCUUUCGUUUUUUCCCCCUGACUUUCAACCGACGCGAUCAUUAUCCUUUCACCUUUCAUUAACCGACAAGAUUAUGCUAAAUUAUAAUUAAACAAAAUUAGAAUGAAGACAAAAAAUCCAGGGGUUUAGUUUUAGCCUACAAUACAGGCACAAAUAGCAGAAUAAACAACAGAACACGAGGAUUCAUAUUCAUCAUCAUCAUCACGCACCGGCAGCGCUUCUCGGAGAAAAAAAUAGGGUAAAAUCAUAUAAAAGGAAUAAACAGCCUAUGCCUAUACGCGAAAUAUAUUUCACUUAAACGAUUAACAGAUAAAAAAAAAAUGAAAGAAAAAACUGCGACAAGUAAUAGUCUAUAUGCUGAGUUUCGGUUCAUUUUUGAGAAGCUCAAAGGAAAAGGAGACGGCCGAAAAUUACUUUUGUUUUCUUUAUUUUACAAGCAAUGUUUUGUUUUUAUUGUGAGUGUACAAAAAUAAUAAGCCUAGCCCUUCACAGAUUCGAAUGAAUGAUGUUACUCUUAUGACCAUAAACUUCUAAGUAUUUUAAGUUUUUUCCGCUUUUAUAAGAAAAUUCAAGUGAUAGCGCCGGCGCCUCACGGGCACGCACAACAUAAGAAUUUUUAGUAACUUGACAUUGCAGCCUGUUCAUUGUCAAAAUAAAAUACAGUCAACUAUAUAAAAAGUUACACUCCUCAUUUUAAAUAGUCUGUGUACAAUCACAGAGUUUAAAUAAUAGUUUAGCAUCCAAAUACAUGGUGAUAUAACAUUUGGAUUUGUGCCAAAUGAGAGAGGUCGGUUAACGCCGGUUUCUGUUUCAAGUUUUAAAUGAAUUCAUUUUGGCUUGACGUUUAUAUAUUAGAUUUUUCAUUCUUAUUCUGUUCUGAAUAAUACUAUUAAGUUUUAAAGA